AUCAGUAGCUUGCAAUCACUUGCAAUCGUUUCAAGAGAAAUGUUCUGAUGGCUGCUCUCAGGUUUCUCUGUGGUAGCUAUAAUUGUGGAUCGUUUUCUUGGUAUCUGCAUGAAAAGUGGUAUAUCAGGAACACGUUUUCCGCACUUGCAAAGAUGUCGCGAUUUGGUUCUAAAUCAGCAUCGAGUUCCUUUGUACACCGUGAUAGAGAAGAACUACGAUCAUCUACAUCUGAAGGACAUCAUGGACAGACAUAUUCACGAGGCAAAGGACGGAGACAUCCGCCUGAACUCAAGGGAAAAGAGAUAGGAAUGUAUUAUAAAAAUAAAAAUAAGCAAAAAAUGCAAAAUAAAAACACAUUAUAUCUUAAUUUGUCGCCACACUUAGAACGAACGAUUCAAAGUGUCGUAGACAAUUCGCAGAGUUAUUUUAACUCAGUUUCUAAUGAAAAGUCUACCUCUGGUAACAAAUAUCAGCAUAUUCAUGAUUCACAAUUUAAAAGAAAAUUUUUAGAAAUUAUAAAUGGUGAUAUUCAGCACAAUCUUGCCAAGGCUAUGACUGCAGAAUCAAAAUUGCAACGGAAUCGUGAUGUAGAUAAAAUGUUAUUCGAUGAAUAUGAAAGGAAGCAAUCACAGCAUGAUUAUGUCAAGAUGUUACAAUUUCGAAUGAAGCUACCGGCGUAUCAGAAAAAUACAGAAAUAUUGCGACUAAUUGAAGAUAAUCAAGUUGUUGUUAUUAGUGGUGAAACUGGUUGCGGUAAGACUACACAGGUGCCACAGUUUAUAUUGGAUGAGCAGUUGAAAGCUGGAAAUGGUAGUGUUACCCGAAUUGUUUGUACGCAGCCUAGGAGGAUUUCAGCUAUAUCUGUUGCUGAACGCGUGGCUGCGGAAAGAGCGGAAAGACUCGGAAAAUCUGUUGGUUAUCAAAUACGACUCGAAAAAGUUCAAGCGCAUGAACAAGGAAGUAUAUUAUUUUGCACUACUGGUGUAUUGCUGCAAAUUAUGAAGACUGAUCCAGCAUUAAAAAGUUUCUCUCAUGUGAUACUGGAUGAAAUUCAUGAACGUUCCACAGAAAGCGAUUUUAUUCUUACGUUGUUGAAAUUAAUUAUUCCAAAAAGAACAGAUUUAAAAGUUCUUUUAAUGAGCGCAACAUUGAACGCUGAACGCUUUUCGAAAUAUUAUAACGAAUGCCCAAUGGUACAUAUACCAGGAUUUACUUAUCCAGUAGAAGAAUUUUAUUUAGAAGAUGUCUUGUCAUUUACAGGAUAUAAAUUUCCUGGACGGCAAUCAGAACCCACAGGUUAUAGAAAACACCUAAAAAGAUACAAAGAGUUACAACACAAAAGGUGUGAAUUUGUUGAUGUAAUACAACCUUAUGCUAGAGAACUUAUUGCUGAGGGAAAGUACGGAAAAGAUAUUAUUGAUCAAAUACAAAAUCCCGAUAGUGAAAAACUUUCGUUGGACCUCAUUGAAAAAUUAGUUCGAUAUAUUUGUAAUACAAAAGGACCUGGAGCUAUCCUUAUAUUUUUACCUGGUAUGAUGGACAUAUCUAAAUUAAAUAGAAUGUUGAUAGAUUCCGGAUGUUAUCCAAGCCACAAAUACGUCAUCUAUCCCCUUCAUUCGCGCAUGCCAACAAUUGAUCAGAAACUUAUAUUUAAAGAACCACCUGAUGGUAUUCGUAAAAUAAUUAUCGCGACGUCAAUCGCUGAGACAUCAAUAACCAUAGAAGAUGUAGUAUAUGUAAUAAAUUGCGGGAAAACAAAGUUUGGGAAAUUCGAUGUUGAUAAAAACAUCCAAACUUUAGAGCCUGAGUGGGUGUCAUCAGCUAAUGCUAAACAAAGACGUGGUAGAGCCGGCAGAGUUAAAAGCGGUGAGUGCUAUCACUUGUAUUCAAGAGCUCGUGAAAUGACGUUUGAUCAGUAUCCAUUACCAGAAAUGUUGCGAACGCGCCUAGAAGAAGUAAUUUUGCAAAUAAAAAUCCUGCAGUUGGGGAAAGCCAAAGAGUUCCUUGCUAUUGUCCUCGAUCCACCAGAUGUAAAAGCCAUUGAUCUGUCUCUCGAUUUACUUCGAACCCUAAAUGCUCUUGAUGAAGACGAGCAUUUGACACCUCUGGGUUAUCAUUUGGCGCAUCUGCCGCUUGACCCUAGAACAGGGAAAAUGAUUCUUUGGGCUUCACUGUUUUCCUGCGUCGAGCCGAUAUUCGCUAUCGCAGCGAGUCUUACGUUCAAAGAUGCCUUCUAUUGCCCGUUAGGAAGAGAGGAAGAGGUUAAUAAAAAGAAAUUAGAGCUUAGCAUGAAUCAAUACAGUGAUCACGUUGCUCUCGCGGAGGCCCUGAGAAGAUUUGAGAUUGAACACCGAAGGGCCAACGCCGGCCAGUUCUGCCGGGAAUACUUUCUUUCCUUCAAUACGCUGAAACUUCUCUCGGAGAUGAAAAACCAAUUUGCGCAAUACUUGCACGAGAUGAAGUUCCUGGAUAGCGACAAUCCAAGUGACAGAAAUGCCAACAAAAAUUCGGACAACAUUGCGUUGAUAAAAACUAUUGUUUGCGCAGGAUUAUAUCCCAAUAUCGCUGUCGUAAGGCGCGUUACAAAGCAUGGAAUUGUUGGUUGGACUCCGGAGGACGGUCCUGUACGUACACAUCCCUCAAGUGUGAACAACAAAGCUCAAGUUCGCAACUUCCCUGGUCGAUAUUUAACGUAUUUCACGAAACAACGCUCUACCGCUAUAUUCCUGCACGAUACCACGUGCAUAAGCAUGCCGACUUUAUUAUUCGCCGGACCAAAGAUAUCGAUACGUCGCGAGAAAGGAAAAUGUGCAAUCACUACUUUGAACUUGAAUGAAAAUAUCAUUUGCGAAUUGCAAACUGUACAACUGAUACAGGAGCUUCAACGAGCCCUAAAUACUUUAUUGGAAUAUAAAAUUACGCAUCCAGCGACAGUUUCGUGGUCGACAUUUGAGGGGGAUUUAUUACACGCCAUUAUCGAACUAAUAUCCCAGAAAGAAGAGAGUUUUAAUGACUACGGCGCUUGUGAUAUAGAUGAUUACACGGAUGAUUAUGUUGAUUGAUAUUUAUUGUAUUGAUUGUUAUUAUCGACGUAGAUGAAUUUUCCAAUUGUUUCGAUAUUGUUCACAAAUAUAAAGAUAACAAAUAUUGUAAAACAAAUUUGCAUUAUAAUUUGUAGAUUAAAUUCUCACCAGUUUU